AUGCCUGUUCUCUCCCCUCGAUCCCCUCUGUACCAUCGUCAAGGCGUUGUAUCUGCGACAACCCCUUCAUCAAUAUCCCCUGGACCUUCUUGGAAGUCUGUAUUUCGUUUCCGCAAGGAUACCAAGCGGAAAUAUGGCCCAGGCAUCGAGAAUACCCCGACGCCUAGCGUACACAUCAAUGGGACAGAUUUUGAUGAUCAAGAGGGCGACCGUACUCCAGGUGCUUAUGCCAAUGGCAUUCAUCCACCUAUCCCUCGCCCAUCUCUGAAUACGGCACCAUAUCACUCUCCUUCAGCAUCUACGUACCCUUCAGAAUUGUCGAGACCAUCGGGAGAAGAGCCAUAUUAUGACAAUUCGUCUCCGUCACAUUCAAGCGAUUCGACUUCCCCUCCCCGCAGAAGUGCCCGACUUGAUACGCCAACAAGUCCCAGAACACCUCCAAACACUCCUGCUAAGCCGGAAGGCGUCAAACGACCAAACGCUGCCACACGGUUUAUUCGACGCGUUGCUUCUGCCCCUAACGCGAAAAACUUAUUUAACGUCCCUGGUAGCAGACAAAGCACUCCCCCUGUUACCAUAAAUGGGUUGCUCGCUCCUGCGGAGCUUUUGAUUCCUCCUCCACUCCCUAAUGCACCUGUUGACUCACCUAAGAAGAAGAAUGGUGAUUCAUUGGAUACGACUUCCUCUUCGUCAUCGCGGUAUGCUUCGAAAUAUGGUUUGCGAUCGGCACGUGGGUCGAGAGCGAAUAGUGUCGCAUCAGGAUCCGUCGGCAUGUCCCCUGGUGUCGAUGAGGCGCGCGCGCGGUUCCGAAGGACGUACUCCAGCAAUUCCAUCAAAGUCAAAGCGGUUGAAGUUGGACCAAGUAGUUUUGCUAAGAUUCGGCUCAUCGGGCGCGGGGAUGUCGGCAAGGUGUAUCUCGUCAAGCAUAAGGCCACGGAGAAGCUCUAUGCAAUGAAAGUGCUCUCGAAAAAGGAAAUGAUUGCACGCAAGAAGAUCAAACGUGCUUUGGCUGAGCAAGAGAUUCUAGCAACGGCAAACCAUCCAUUCAUCAUUACACUUUAUCAUUCUUUUCAGUCCGACAAUUACUUGUACUUCUGCAUGGAGUAUUGCUCAGGUGGAGAGUUUUUCCGGCAGUUGCAGAUGUUACCAUCGAAAUGCCUGGCAGAGGAGGAUGCCCGAUUCUACGCCGCGGAGGUCGUUGCGGCCCUCGAGUAUCUGCAUUUACUUGGUUUUAUUUAUCGCGACCUUAAACCAGAAAACAUUCUUUUGCACGAGUCUGGCCACAUCAUGCUUUCGGAUUUCGACUUGGCUAAAGCUUCGGGUGAACCAGGGGGGAAUCCUGCGAGUAUUGUGACUGGUGUUACGCCCGGCGUACCGCUGGUUGACACCAAGUCAUGUACUGCCCAUUUGCGCACGAACUCGUUUUACAUUGCUCCUGAAGUCAUCAAGAACCUUGGGCAUACGUCCUCUGUUGACUGGUGGACAUUGGGGAUCCUCAUCUAUGAGAUGAUUUACGCAACAACACCCUUCAAGGGACGUGAUCGGAGUGCGACGUUUACCAAUGUUUUGGCAAAUGAGGUCCGCUUUCCCGACUCAACAACUGGCUCUCCACAAUGUCGCGAUAUCAUUCUCCGAUUACUUCACAAGGAUGAAUGGCGGAGAUUAGGGAGCAAAAGCGGCGCCAGUGAAGUUAAGCAGCACAAGUGGUUCACUCCUCUAAACUGGGGGCUUUUGCGUCACAUGCAACCUCCUAUCAUUCCCAAGAAGAAAGACCCUUAUGUUGCUGACCCUAAGGAUCCAGUCGAGAAGGAGAAUGAGAGGAUCUCGUUUUCUGGCCAGACUUCUAGUGGUAAUCCAAAAUCCAAAAGCUCGCGUAAGCUAGGGGUGACUGAGGAUGGGGUUCUUGUUCCAACCACUGGGAAGCAACACAGGGAUGAUUUGUUCCAUGCAUUCAGUAGCGUUACCCUUCAUUACGACGGCGAAUUUUGA